ACAUCUAAACAAUGGCUCUUUAUUUUCUAUAUCCUGCCGUAGCAGCUUUGGCGCUCUUUGUCAUUGGAGUCGUCAUUGUUAUGCUGCGCUAUGGGCCACGACUAUGCGGUCUGCGUCAUCAUGCUCUGCCGGAUAAUCACGACAUUCGGGAUAAGUCCUAUGAGCAUGAGAUUAGCUAUGCAUAACAUUUUGUACGCAUUUUUCUUUUGCACCUAAUGCAAUUGCUUUUUAUAUGUUUACCAAACCUUAACUAACGUAGUUUUCUAAGUUUUCAAUUAUCAAUCCCAUACUAACUCUUGACAAGCACAAACAACAGAUACAAAUUGUAAUAGUUUUUGCUAAAAUACUUUCGAAUAUGCAGUACAAAAUUGCCACUAUAUAUUUAGUUAUCGUUCAGCUUUCAUAUCAAUUUAUGACGAAAACCAUUCCGUGCCUUUAACUGUAAGUCGUCCAAGUGUCUUUAAAAAUACAAGAAACACAAUUUAUACAAGUUACAUAGUUAUGCAAACCUUUACAUUUGUAUGUAUUUAUACAUUCAUAUCAUUCCGUCCAAU